AGAAUUUCCAGUGACAAGGAAUUUGUUUACAUUUUCGCAAUUAUUAGCAUUUCCCGCGGAAAAUGUGUGAAAAAUACUUUACCACGAAGCAAAAUAGGAUUUCCAUUGUGAAGAUCUUCAAGUGCACACCAAUUUCCGUGAGCUAUCAUGAGUAUGAGGUGCAGGAUCAACGACAAUUUCACAUUUGCGUGGAGAAGGCAAACUCCUUGAAUUUGGUGCAAUUGAGGCUGACGAGUUUGUGUGAUGAUUCCUGGAUGGCAAUCUCAACGGUAGACACUGCGGCGUUUGAGAAAAUCAAGACAGAUCAGGCACUUCAUGUGACAUUCCAGGAAUUUGUUGAUCAUCUCAUAAAUAUCCUGGUUUCCUGCCGGAAGGGUGAAUUGUCCGUCUCUCUGGAAAAGUGUGAUCAUAGUAGCUUCAGGCUGAAUAUUUUUGAGAGGAGAUCCUUCAGGAAUCUUACGCAUUUGAGUUUGCCAGUGGAGAAAGCUCCUCUGGAGACUGUCCUGUAUCAUCUGAGUGAGAAGAAUUCUGGGCUGCAGAAGCAGAUAACUGGGCUGAAUGAUCAAGUGGGAGCUCUGAAGGAUGAACUCUCCCGGCGGGAAGAGAUUUGUGUGAGGCUUCAGGGAGAAGUGAAUCAGUUUCCGAAGAAACUCCAGGAGGAGCGGCAGAAGGCCCUUCUGGAGACUUCGGAGGAGAUUGAGGAUUUCAAGAAGGCAGUGCAGCAGCUUCAGAAGGAGAAGGUGAGUGAGGAAAAGAGGCUGCAGGAGAUCAAUUUGAAGAACCUGGAGAAGCUGGAGCAGAUGAAGAAAGAGAAUUUCAGGCUGAAUCAGGGAAUCUCUGACCAAUCGGCUAAAAUUGAAGCCCUGACAAUGGAACUGGCAGGAUUGAGGAGUCAGAACAGGCGUUUGACUGAGGAGAAUGCAAAACUCCAGGAAGCAGCCAGUGAAGUGGCUUGCAAGGGACGAAAGCAGGAGCUCAAUGCCAUGGAUCUCAAGAGGCAGCUAAAGGAUCAGCGUGAAAAGGUGCUGAGCUGUGAGAAACAGAUCUCAGAUCUCACUGCUGAGCUGGAGGCCGAGAGGAGCCUCUGCAGGACAAAGAGGAACUCCCUGCAGAUUGCCACUGAAGAGAACAGCAAGGCAAACUCCAUUAUCCUGAAGCUGAGGAAGAAAAAUGAUUCUCUGACAGAGAAAUUGUGCUCAACGAAGGAACUCACAGCGAAGCAGGAAAGGAUUAUCGAGGAAAAAUCCAAAGAAAUCCGGAAAUUCAGCGAAAUUCUCAAGACAAUGGAGCAGAAAUUGAAAGAUUACGCGGAAAAUGGAAAGGAAGUGACCACAACGAUGGAAAAUCUCCAUGAUGCAAUCGAUGCGAUCGAAGAAAAAUACACCCGGAAACUCGGAGAUCUCUCUCACAAACUCCUGGGCACCAAACAACCUAAUAUCCUCCUCCAGAGAAACAGAAUUUAAGAAAAAAUCCCCCUUUUCCCCUCUAUUUUCAAUAAAUUCCCCUAUUCAUCUUCA